AUGUCUGAGGUACAGACUCGGCCUGCCGCCUCGCGCGGCAGAGGUUCUGGACGCGGUGGAAGAGGUGGCUUCGCAAGCCGGGGCGGUCGCACUUCUGGCAGACCCAAUGGCGAUAAGUUCGACUCCAAGAUCGAUGCCGACGAUGCGACUGCAUUUGAGGACCAGGGCGAGCUCGGCGAGCUGAAGAAGCAGUACGGAUCCAAGGCGCCCCUUAUCAAGGAGCUCUUCCCCGAUUGGUCUGAGCAGGACAUUCUCUACGCGCUGCAAGAGACGGACGGCGACGAGAACCUCGCCGUCACCCGCAUUGCUGAAGGCACCAUUUCUCAAUGGGGCGAGGUGACGAAGAAGGCCCCCCGCUCCAAGGCUAAGGACUCCACGACUGCAGCCUCGAACAUCGACUCAUCCAGCGCCAGACCCACCCGUGGUGGUCGCAGCAAUGUCGCCGAUGCUGGUCGCGGCCGCGGAAGGAACACCGAGAGGGGAGGCCGUGGUGGUCGGGGCAGGCCCUCAAACACAGCAGCUCCCAACGGCACCCGGCAUACCAAGGACAACGCUCAGCCGCUCUCUGUUCCCACCGAGGAGUCGAACGCGUGGGAUACCCCCAAGUUGGACUUUAAGGACGCUCCCGCCGAGGACCCCUGGGCUCCCAAGGAGACCACCGAGAAGCCUGCGGCUCCUGCUGCCGCCCCCGCUGCCGCCGCGACCGAGGCUUCCAAGUCCGCUGCCCCGGCUCCCAAGACGUGGGCUAGCAUGCUCCGUCAAGUAGCCGUGCCCAAGCCCGCCGCCCCUAAGCCCCCCAAGCAGGAGCCCGCCCCCAAGCCCGCCGAACCCAUCGAACCUCUGCCUCCCGUCGCCCCCGCCGCCGAACCCACGCCCGAACCUGAGACCGAACCCGAGGCCCAGCCCGAGCCCGCUACCGAACUCCCCGCCGAGCCAGUCCAUGAAGAACCAGCCCCUGCAGAAGUACCAACCGUCAUCGAACCCGAAGUGGUUUUGCCGCCUUCCAAGGACCAACUUACUGAGACGAAUCUUGAACAGGUAGUCGACGAAUCGCAUCCUCCUGCGACUGCUACCGUCGCGAGCACUGCCGCCGAUUCUUGGGAUCCUCGCCACAACGCCGCCAGCGCUACCGCGACUCCUCUCUCGGCUUCGCAACAGCAACACCAGCCCAUCCGCCCUGCUGUCCCCACCUCCAACAGCGGAUUCGCCGCUUCCGCCAUCAAGGCCACCACCGAGCGAGGAUCCCGUACCCCGAGCUACCAGCGCCGCGUCCUCGACCAGGAGGAAGCCGUGCGCAUGCCCGGCAACCGCGAGGUUGACCGCGCCGCUGUCCAGUUUGGUGCCUUCAGCCUGAACGAGGACGAUGACAUUGAUGGUGACCGUGAGGAGCCUGAGACUAGAACUCAGCCUCCUGCUGACUCUCCCGUUGCCCAUCCUCGCACUUCUCUGCCUCCUGCUCCUCAGCAGGCUCCCGUCCCUGAGGCCAUCGGCACCCAGAAGCCUGCUCCUGGCCUGCCCCCUCCUGCUGCCGCUGCUGCCGCCACGCCCACCGGUACAAAUGCUUCGACUAGCAACGUCACCGACUUUGCUAAUGCUCCCUUUUCAGGAUCCGCCGGAGGUGCCAUCCCUCAGGCUCCCGCUUCUCAGGUCCCUCAGUCGGCUGCCGCCCCGGCCCAGCCUUACUCCCGCUUCGGACAGACCGGUCCCCAGGAGCCAUCCUCGUUCCCUCAGAAGUCGAUCGACCCCUUCACUCAGCAGCCGAACCAGCCCUCGGCUUCGCAGAACCAGUUCGACAGCUUCCCCAACCAGCCGUCGCAGCAGAACCAGCAGCCUGGUGGGGCCUUCAGCUCUGCGCCCAGCGAAUACUCUUCCUACUAUACCGCCGACCAACAGAACCGUCCUCCUUACAACUACUACAACCAGCCCUACGGUCAGCAGGGCGCCCAGGCCCACCAGGACAGCCUGUCUUCCCAGCAGCGAUCUUUCGGCGGCUACAAUGCUUCUCAGGCUGAUAACCUCAGUCAAUACCCUCAAAGUGGCGGGCUCCAGAACCAGUCCCGCUACGGAGGCGUCACGAACGACGCCCAGAACAGUGGACACACCACCCCGAACCCCACAGCCCAGAGCCAGCAGGCAGCCAGCCAGGCCUCGCAGCCCCAGUCCCACGGCCAGCAGAGCUACCCCUACAACAACCACCCCUACUACAACAACGCCUACUACUCGAACUACAUGAACUACGGCCACUACGGCCAGGGUGGAUACGGAGGCGGUCCCUACGGCAAGGGCGGUGUCUACGGCCACCCCUACGGCAUGUCGCCCCAGGGUCCCUAUGAUCACGCGUCCUCCCCUGCCGCUGGCUUCGCUCAAUCGUCUCUGCACCGCGCCGACAGCGGCCUGAGCUCCGGCCUCGGCGGCGACUUUGGCCGCGCCGGAUCCGCCCAGCCUGGCAACCAGCCCGGUCUCGCCGGCAGCGGCUUCGGUGGUGUUCAGGACACCUACGGCCGCGGCUCUUCCUCGUUCCAGAGCCCAGCCGGUCAAGGAUUCAACAGCGCUGCUCAGCCCAACAACACCGGUUCAGCCAACGACGACUUGAAGCCUUUCGGCGACAGCAAGCCUGGCGCGGGCCCCUCGCCUUCGCUCGGGGGUGCGCGCCCCGGCUCGGCCACGAACACGGCCUCUGGCCAGACUGGUCUGCCCCCGCCCCAGUCGGGUUCCCAGAUGAGUGGCUACGGCGGCUACCCCAGCCACCUCCAGGGACACGGUCUCCACGGAAGCAGCGGCUACGGCAUGGGAGGAGCCACUAGCGGCCAGCACGGCAGCGCCCCGUUCGGCUCAUAUGGCCAGCAGGGUGCGUACGGCAGCGGAUACUACGGCAGUGGCAACCAGCAGCAGCGCGGCGGUUGGGGCGGAAACUACCACUAG